CUCUGGCCGCUGUGGGGCCGCCGGCGGGACGCCCGGGGCGGCGCGCGCAGGAGGAAGCGCGCCUGGCCGCGGCCCCGGGAACUGCCCAGACGCCCGAGUCGGGAACGCGAGCCGCCGCGUCCCCAUUUGCCAGGUGUGCGGGGUUGGAGACGCAGUCCCGGGCCGCGGCUGCCGUGCGCCGGCCGGGCUUUUCCUCCCGCUCACCCCGCCCGGCUUCCCGGCGCCCGGGGCCGCUCCGCCAGCCGCCCGGCUCCGGCUCGCCGCGCCCCCUCCCCGCCCUCCUUGAGCCCCGGCCGGCCGUGAGCUGAUGUCCUGAGCUCGCCGCCCGCGGGCUCUGCGCCCGGCCGGGGACUGCCCGGGAAGUUGGGGCGAGGCGCGCCGGGUAUGCGCCAUCACCAUGUCCAGCCUGGGCUCGUGGCUCGGAGAGGUCCAGUGGCUGGUCUUGGUGGGGCUCUUCGUCGUGGCCCUGGGCACGGUGGGCCUGUACCUGGCGCAAUGGGCGCUGGCCAGCGCGCGACCCCGCUCUCCGAGGCGGGCGGCGGAGCCUGGCGAGGGCCAGCGCCCCGAGUCGGAUGCGCUGCUCGCCUGGAUCCUGACGCUGAACAGCUGGAGGAGCCAGUGGCAGGCCGCCUGGGUGACCGCCCUGAACGAUGAGGCCAAACGGAAAGGGGGCCCACUGAACCUCAGCUUCCAGGCAGACCCACUGCAGCAGCCCCUGGAGCUGGCGGUGCAGGAAGUCUCCAGCGUGGCCAGGUCGGCCCAGGAGAAGGUGGUGUUUUGUCACGUGGUGGGCGAUUCCAUCCAGUUCCUGGUCAGCGCGGGGCCUGCCUCAGCUGGGGAUGCGGGGCGCCCGGUGUACGGCGUGCGGCUGUCCCCGCUUCAUCUGCAGCUGGAGCUCCACAUGAAGGAGAAGCGAGAGGACAUUCAGAUCAAGUGGUCCUUCAUCAGCGCCCCGGAGAUGGCCGUGGGCACCCAGCCCAAAGCCCCGGGGGAGGACCAGGCGGUUGGGACAGAUGCAGUGUCAGAAAGUCUCAAGGAUGCUUUGAAGCACCUGGUUAGUUCCGCCUCCCCGUCGGUGGUUCUGAGCACCAAGCCCGCGGAUGUGAGGGAAAUUCAGCAUCCACAGCGCACCCCGUCUACUCAGGAAUCCUGCCCUCCCAAACCUCCAAGGGCUCACGAGCUCAAACUCUUGGUCAGGAACAUCCGAGCCUCCCUGCUGAGCCGUCCUGGUGCUUCAGGCAGCAUUCGCCCGGUGUGCGUAGUUCAGCUGAACGACCCCGCUCAGAAGUUCUCCAGCGCCGUCUCCAGAACCACCACGGCCCUCACCUGGGAUGAAGAAUUCGCCUUUGAAUUGAACGCCAAGUCGAGGGAAUUGCACCUGCAGAUCUCAGAGGAUGGGCCGUCCUCAGAAGGUCUGUUGGCGAUGACGACUGUGCCCUUGGAUUUAUUUAAGAAGCAGCCUUCUGGGCCACAAAGCUUUACGCUGACCAGUGGGUCCUCCUGGGGCAGCUCGGCCCUGGGUUCGGUCACGGCAGAGUUCUCUUACGUAGAACCCAGCGAGGCCAAGUCCUGGCAAAUCCCCCCUCCUGUUCCUGCUGCAAAGAUAGAAAAAGACCGCACGGUGAUGCCCUGCGGGACCGUGGUCACUACUGUCACUGCUGUGAAAACCAAGCCUCGCUUUGACGCGGGGAGAGCGACCCCGCCCAGCUCUGAGUCUCCCCUGAGGACGCCCGUCAAGGUGAAGGUCGUUGAGAAGGACAUCUCUGUCCAGGCCAUCGCCUGCCACGGCGCCCCCGUCAGCAAGACCUUCUCUUCCUCAGAUACAGAACUGCUGGUGCUGAACGGCACCGACCUGGUGGCCGAAGUCGCCAUCCGCCAGCUCAGCGAGUCCUCGAAGCUGAAGCUCAAGUCCCCGCGGAAGAAGAGUACAAUCAUCAUAUCCGGCGUCUCCAAGACCUCACUAUCUCAGGACAAUGACGCCGCCCUGAUGCUGGACUACGCGGCCUCCAUGGACAGUGCCCGCCAGGAGGACACCCUGGACCAGCCGAGCGCGGCGGCUGCGGCCUCGGACCCGCCCGUGGAGGAGCAGGAGGAGGAGGGGGCGGCGGCAGUGGCGGCGGCCUCAGCCGGGGCCCCCCCGGCCCUGGAGCCCCAGGAGAGCGAGCUGGACUGCUGGGACUUGGAGAAGGAGCCCCAGGCCGGGGCGUGGGGUGGCCAGGGCCCCCCGGACCUUGAUGGGGACGAGCUCUCGGAGAGCUCCCUGAGCGUGUCGGAGCUGGAGCCGGGCGCUGCCAAGAAGCAUAAAGGAGGGAUUUUAAGGAAAGGCGCGAAGCUCUUCUUCCGCCGGCGGCAUCAGCAGAAAGACCCCGGCCUGAGCCAGUCUCACAACGACCUCGUGUUCCUGCAGCAGCCUGAGGGGGGGCGGAGGAAGGGGGCGACGCUCGCCCGGAUCCUGAACAGGAAACUGCUCUCCAGGCACCGGGGCCAGAGCACCGUGAACGGGGCGCCUGAGGACCCAGGCCCGUAGGCGGCGGCGCCCCCUUCCCUGCAAUGCUGCAGACGGGACCCACCAGGAGCACCUGCCAGGAUGCCGCCAGAGGGCCAGCCAGCUGUCGGACCGACGGACAGACGGACGGACAGCCGCCCUGUCUAGCUGGAUAGUUUCCAACAAUUUUCCCUCUUUUAAAGGGAAAAAAAAAAAAAAAAUCUGAGCCUCCAGCUGGGAGGUUGUCCCCAGGGAGACCGACAGAGCCCAGUGUGCCACCAGGAGCCACGAGAGCUGAGGGCUCCAUGGCGUGGGCUGUGCUCACAUCUAAGGGUCCAGGUCAAACAGGUGAAGGAUAUUUACAGUGUGAACUCCAGAGGCUCACAUCGGGGCUGGGGGCCGGCAGGUCCUGCACGCUCCAACAGGUGUCACUUUGCGUCCAUGCCUGGACCGCGUCCCAAAGAGUGGUCACUGUGGACGGAAUGGACGGGUCAGCUCUCCUCACUGGCCGCUCAGAAUAGAAAGUGCAGCCAGCCCUGAGGACUGAGAGGCGGGACAGAAGCAGGGUUUUUGGUAAACAGAGAAAUGACAAGAUAGGAGUGAAAACACUACGACCAAUGUAGGAAGACAUUGGCCUUUGAUAGUAGCCAUAUAACUUGAAAAAUUAUGCAACUGCUGAAUAUAUCCUAUGCACAUCCUCUGCCCGACACCUUUCCAGGUUUCCUUUGAGCCUCUUUGCAAGUGGGAGAUAUAUCAAUUCUUAUGUGGUUUUCACAUGUGUCUCUAUGGCGUCUGAAGCUCUAAGAAGGCCACCAGGCCGUCACCACGUGGGAAGCCUUCCUCCCCGUCGGGCACCCUUGCUGACCAGAGUGGCCCAGGCCGCUCAGAUGACAUUAGGAGCAAUAAGUCACAGCUAGUGCCACACUGUAAACACACAUGCAUGGUUCGUCUUUGGUGCAAGCUUGGUUUGCCCAAUGUUGCUGGUAGGUGGCUCAAACCAAGUGCUGUGCAGAGGGCACAAGAGGACAUUGUGUGUGUCUCAGGUGUGAGUCUUCGGGUGGCAGUUUAGCAACAAAUGAGCCAAACCUGCAUCAGAGGUUCGUUUUACAGGCUCUCCUGAGUUCUGCUGUCCUCUGGCUAGCCCCUCGUAGGCGCCCCCGCUCCUUGAGGUCCUGCAGGAAGACCAGUGGGCCUGGCACGCGUCCCCAAGCGCUUCCAAACCCCUUUCCUCGUCAGUGUGCCCGCCGGGGCUUUUCACAUCAUCCCCUCCUUCUGCAGGAGUCGCUUUAAGACACAUGCCUGUUAAAGAGCCCUUGUCAUCGGGGUGAGAGGUUGUGCAUUAGAGGCAUUUUCCUCCAGUAAGAUUGAAUGGCCGUUAGGAAAAUUUGGCUUCUGUCACGGAUGUGAAAUUGGAUGAGUUCCUUUGUGUAGGUGCUUUUGUUAAUCCUUACAAAUGUACUUCAGGGGAAACAGAGCCAAGGUGGGGCAAAAACCUUUACUAAAAAUCAAAAUCAUGGAGAUUUUUUCAUUUCCUUUUUUUUUUUUUUUUUGAGAGAUUAGAAAACUACAUUAAAAACUUUAAAAUGCACACUUAAAAAUUCUUGGUGUUCCCACUGUGGGCACAGUGGGUUAAGGAUCUGGUGUGGCUGUGGCUGUGGCACAGGUCAGUUCUGGCUUGGAUUCAGUCCCUGGCCCUGGGAACUUCAUAUGCCGCGGGAGCAGGCAAAAAAGAAAAA